AAUAAACCAAUAUUUCACUAAAUAAGAGAAAUAAUGCUAUAUAAAUCUUAAGAGUGUUAGGAAACAAAUAGUAGUGGAAAAUCACAACCACAACCACGCUGAAAACUUAAAUCAGAACAAACAAAAUGGGAUCAUGGAGGAUUAAUCUAAUGGCGACAGCAAUAGCUUUGAUAAUGGUGGUGGCUAUGGUGGUGGAUGCCGGAGAUGAUAAGGAGAAAGACAAGGAAGGGUGUACGGAGAAGCUGGUGGGUAUGGCCACGUGUCUUCCUUACGUGCAAGGACAGGCAAAAUCUCCGACGCCAGACUGUUGCUCCGGCCUCAAACAGGUUCUUAAUUCCGACAUGAAGUGUCUUUGUGUGAUCAUCCAAGACAGGAACGAUCCUGAUUUGGGUCUUCAGGUCAACGUUUCUCUCGCUCUCGGUCUUCCUUCUGUUUGCCACGCCACUGCUGACAUCACUAAAUGCCCUGCUUUGCUUCACUUGGACCCGAAGUCUCCGGAGGCCCACGUGUUCUAUCAGCUAGCUAAAGGUCUGAACGAAACGGGCCCAGCCUCUGCUCCCACUGGCUCGGCCCCUGAGCCCACCAGCAUGUCUUCGACCCCAGCAUCCGGUGAUGGUAACAACAGUGGUCGGACGACCUCUGCGCCAGGCAGGAACCACGCUCAAAGCUUCUCUAAACAAUGGCUAGGGAUCGAAGUUGUUGCCCAUUUCUUCGUAAUUUUUUAUAUUUUCAUCCUCAUUUAGAUAAUAACAAUGAAAAGUGAAAAGGAUGUCACGUCGCUUUUGCGGAAUUGCGACAUUUGCGGUGACGUUGAUUUUGGGCAAUUACUGUUUUGACUGAUGAACGUAGUUUCACUUCGUGACAACUCUUCUCAGCUUUUUUUUUGUAUGGCGCAGCAUAAGACACGAGCUAUAGUUAUUAUUAUUCUUUGUCUCGUUUGCUUUUAUCAAUUUUAUUUAAAAUCUUUUACGUGA